ACCAGAAGAAAGGGAGGGCAAACAACGCGAAAGGGAAUUGCCUCCGUUCGUCCGAUCCCGAUCAGAUGGCCCGGGUUGUGUCCAGCUGUGCCGCCCUCGUGGCGCAAAGGAGGGGAUUUUCCGCCGCGAUAACCGCCAUCGAUGUGUCAGCGAAGAAGGUCGAGGAGAAGGCGGUGAAGUUGGGUAUGGCGGCGACAGAGGACACGACGAAGGACAAGACGGCGUUCUGGGAGCCGGACCCCAAGACCGGCGACUACCGGCCGGUGACCAGCACCAAGGAGGUGGAUCCGGCCGACCUGCGCGCAGAGAUGCUCAAGCGGAGGUUGCUGCAGCAGCAAUGAUGCGCGUGCUGCAAACACGCUACCGGCCCAUAGGUUCAUACCGUCAUGUACAACAAAACGUUAACGGGCGUGCUAAACUAUAUUUACUAGGUGCCAUGUCGGACAACGACUUGUCAGGAAAUUGCUUCCUGUAAGUAUGUAAGUCUUCAACAGACACUUACACAUUUACUUGUUCUA